AUGACUGACCCGGGUACAGGUAAGAUGCGAAUCCAUCUUGUUCUAGCGGGAUUAUUCCUGCUGUUGGCUGGUGCCAUAGCCAGUGUUCCUCAAAUCGAGAUCAAAGGAUCUAAGUUCUUCUAUGCAAACAAUGGCACGCAAUUUUACAUCCGUGGUAUAGCCUAUCAGGAGGACUACAAUGCCGCCGGAGCCACAGGUACCGGUCAAUCAACUGAGACUCACUACACUGAUCCUCUGGUGGACGUCUCUCGUUGCGAACGUGAUAUCCCGUACCUCCAGCAAUUGCGGACCAACGUCAUCCGAAUCUACGCUGUUGACCCAACCAAAAACCACGAUGCUUGUAUGCAGAAAUUGGCCAAUGCAGAAAUUUAUGUUAUCGCCGAUCUCUCGUCUCCUCAGUUGUCGAUUACCUCCAACUCGCCAACUUGGACCGUUGCACAAUACGAUCGAUACACUGCCGUGGUUGAUGCAUUGCACCAGUAUGACAAUGUGAUUGGAUUCUUUGCCGGGAACGAGGUUGUGAACAAAGUCAACGAAACGAUUGGUUCAGCAUUUGUCAAAGCAGCAGUGCGCGACAUGAAAUCCUAUGUCAAAGCAAAGGGAUACAGAAAGUCCUUGAGCUUUGGAUAUGCGACUACCGACCAGCCAGACUUUCGCAACGAGCUGUCCGACUAUCUCAGCUGUGGAGAUCAGUCUACCGCCAUCGACUUCUUCGGUUACAACAUGUACGAGUGGUGUGGGAACAACACGUUCCAGGGCUCUGGUUACAAAAACCUCACAGAGCAGUACAAGGAUUACCCUGUCCCAAUAUUCUUCUCCGAGUAUGGAUGCAAUACGGUCAGGCCUCGCAAGUUUGGCGACAUUUCUGCGAUCUUCGGACACGACAUGGAAGAUGUCUGGAGUGGUGGCAUUGUCUACAUGUACUUUGAAAGUACCAACAACUACGGCCUCGUCUCUGUCGACGGAAAAUCUGUCAGCACCCAGCCAGACUUCAGCUAUUACUCCAAGGAAAUUCAGACUGCGACUCCCAGCGGUGUCAACAGCGGCAGUUACACCCCCACAAACUCUCCGCACGCGUGUCCCACCGUCAAUGACAUGUGGUUGGCAAAGUCCAGUCCCCUACCACCUUCUCCGAACAAAGACCUGUGUUCAUGCAUGGUGGACAGUCUCUCGUGUGUAGUCAGUCAAUCUCUGCAUGCAGAUCAAUACGGUACCUUGUUCGGUACAGUGUGCAGAAGCGACAAGAGCGCCUGCGAUGGAAUUUCCGAGAACGCAACCACGGGACAGUACGGUGCCUACAGCAUAUGCGCCAGCAAAGAUCAACUCUCCUAUGUCUUCGACCGCUACUAUCAAGACCAGAAGAAGGAUCAGUCGGCGUGCGAUUUUAAGGGAGCAGCGUCAAUUCAGUCUGCCAAGGAUCCUUCUGGAAGUUGCAAGGCACUUCUCAGCCAGGCUGGCACAGCUGGAACAGGCCAGGUUACAGGUGGAAGACCAUCCAAAUCCCAAGGGACAAGUGCCUGUCUGUUGACGAAAUCCGAUGGAUUGUUUAUCCUGAUGAUGUUCAUUGCAUCCGCGGUUGUCAGCUUCUUGCCCCACGGUACCAUCCGCAGGGCCCUCCUAUAUCCACUUGCUGAUAAUAGGCGCAUUCUCGAUCGGAUCCAUUAA